CGCUCCGGUCGGCUUCGGAACGUGGCCGGCUUGGUCAGUCGUCGGUCGGGCGGCUUCCCGAGGAUCGUGAUGAAGGCGUGGGCGGUGCUGCUGUUGACAUGCGUGGCGGCGGCUGGUGCAUUGAGGACAGCUAAACACGGCUUCGUCUUAACGUCGUCCAAGGUGCUGCGGGCGGGCACCAGUCACCGUAUCUGCAUCACGCUCUUCAACGCGCCCGGGCCGAGGCGAAACGUGCACCUCACCGCCUGGGGCGAUGCCGGGGGCCUCCCCUGGUCGACGCUGGUGGAGAGAAUACCGGACACUGUGGGCGCUGAUGGCGACCACUGUUUUGACCUGGCCGUGCCGCGCACGGCGUCCGCUGGACUUGGUCACAUGCUUCUCAAGGUCUCCAGUGCCACCGGGCUCAGAUUAUCAGAUCUGGCGACGGUGACCAUCAAGGCCUUCACGCUGGUGACGCUGAUCCAGACAGACAAACCCCGAUACCGUCCUGGGGAUAAAGUCCUGAUCCGUGUCAUGGCCCUGAGAUAUGACCUCACGCCGAUCAUCGAAAACGUUCCUGAGGUGUGGGUGACCAGCCCAGACAACAUCCGCAUCGCCCAGUGGAGGGACAUCAAGACCAGCGGAGGCCUGAUCCAGCUGGAGAUGCAGCUGACCGAGGAGCCACCCAUGGGCAGAUGGACUAUCCACGCGAAGACAAAUGACGGUCCCGAAAGUAAGGGUUUCGUUGUAGAGGAGUAUGUGCUGCCUACAUUCGAGGUCAAGGUCAAGAACCCAACCUACGUGCCUGAGGGGGACAAAACCAUCACCGUCGACGUCUGCGCCAAGUACACCUUUGGUCAGCCGUUGAUUGGAGCCACCGUAACGAUGUCUGUCACGGACGGUUCCAACCCAAACGAACGCGUCAAAGUCGGCGACACUCUCUCGCUCAGCAUGAACGUCAUGUGGAGGAGUUUGCACUCGGAGCGCGUGCGAACCAAGUUCGGCUACACGCCGCUGAUCUGGGAGACGGAGCCUCCGCAGCGGCUCUCGAUGGCCAUCCAGUGCCGCGACUUCAUCACUGACAGCCAGGGCAGCGUCGUCUUACUUCAUCCCGCCAGCAAGCGCCGCUCGUGGACAGUGUUGACGUCAGGCAGCUGA